AUGCCGCGGCCGCUCCCCGUGCGCGGGGCCGCCAGCCCGCCGGAAAUCGGCCCGGAACCGGCCCUGGGACUGCCCAGCGCCGCCGGGCCUCUGGCUCUCAACGCGCCCCGUGCCGCCGCGGACUUGGACCUGUCUCCGAUCAGGAAGCCGGCCGCGGGGCCGGGCAUCGGGGCCGGCACAUUUGCCCCCGCCGCGCAGCCGCUGUCGCUGCCGAGAAAACGGGCGGCGAAAUCGGUGGCCUUCUCAGACAGCCUCGCCUACGACGACCCCAGCUCGCCCAUGUCGCCCUAUGUCGGGGACGGCGGCGGCGGCGCGACCCCGCGGCGCUCCAUUCUCAAGCCGCCCACGGGCGCGGCGGCGUCGGCGCCGGCCGACCCCAACAACUCCAGUGCGUGGGUCAAGACCGCGCGCUGCUUGCUGCACCAGUUCCUGACCGCCAGCCACGCGCCCAGCAACCCGCGGUUCUGGCAGCCGGGCACGAUCAUCCAGCUCGAGCCCAAGUCGCCCGACUUGCCGCAACUCGUGGACGGAUGCGUGGCCGUGUUGGGCGACGCCGCGUUCGACCGGAAGUUCGAGGUCUACGCCACGUUGAACCUCGUCUGCCGCGCCAACGACCCCGGCACCUUGGCAGACCUCUUUUCGGGGGAGCCCUCCGCGUGGCUCGCCGCCGUCGAGAAGGAGACGGGCUAUGCGCCCCGCGCCUCGCCGGCCUCCGUGAAGACCAUCUGCCGGUACGCGCAGCGCGACACGGAACUGAUCGAGGCCCGGCUCCACGUCAAGCCCGAGUCACCCGUGCUCGCGGGCGUGCGCAACGACCCGUUCGAGGCCCGCGCCCUCACGCAGGCGGUCAAGCUCGUGUCCUACCUUUUAGCCAUGCCCCUGACCAACAGUCUUAUUCCGGCCGUGGACAUCAAGUGGUUCUACACCCGCGCGUGCGACGCCGUCGUCCGCCCCACGCUCUCGAAGAUGUUGGUGUCCCCGUACUUGAGCAUCAUCAAGGACUGCCCGUUCCCCUCCAAGAAACGGAAGCUCCUCUUCGAGAGCUGCCCGGACCCGAUCCUGGAGAAAAUGUUGUUUGCCGUCUUGAACAUGCACAACUACUUGAGCGCGUCCUUGAUCAACGAGAGGUUCAUUGCCUUGCGCAACAUCAUCAACAACUUCCCCGCGGUCCUGGCCAGGCACCUCCACCACUGGCUUCCAGGCUUGCUCGUCAAUCUCUGCGACUUGGACUUCGCCUUGUACCCCAAGGUGGUCGCGACGGGCAUCACCGUGCUUCUCGAAGCAGCACGGAAUUACCUCGACAACAACGACAGCUGUCUUUACAUUCGCUCGUUCAUGGAGUCCCCGCUCUCGUCCAGCCUGAGCUUUUGGGGCUCGGGUGGCGGGUCCACCCAGCAGAACAAUGAUCUUUUGGCCGUGGACUAUGUGGUCGCAAGCUUGAAAAGCUUGAUCCUCGACGGCUUCUACAAGUAUGCCAUGGAUAUCUGGGUGGGCGUGACGCUCCUUCUUGGGCAGCCCGAGGGCGGCUUCGACAAUUGGAAGCACAUCGGCACUUGGCUCCAGGUGCAGAAAAUGUGCUUCAACGAGACUUCUGCUCUGGCGAAGGAAACCGCCAUCUCGUCGUGGAAAGUCAUUGUGUACAAAGUCUGCUGCCAUGAUCUCAAAGACCUGCGUUGGUUUGCGCCUUCGUCGAUCGAUUCCCCUGGCAAAAGCCUCCUGAACCCCAACUCAAAGCUCAUUGGGAAGACGGAAGAGGCUCUCCGACAGAAAAUCAGGCUUCUCAUACACCCCUUCAUGGGCAUCUCGAGCUUGGAUACCAAGAAAGAGUUGAUAGAUGGCUUACACAACUGCUUUCUCUCCAUUCUUUACAGCUUGCUUGGUUAUCAGCCGAAGCUCAAUUCGAGGUACUUUCAAACCAUCUGGGACAGGAUCAUUCAGCCCGUCUUGCUCAGUUUCUAUUUCAAAAAGGAUAUAUCCAAUUCCUAUAUGAGCAACUUGGGAUUAUCUGUCGUGAACAAGCUUCUCAAGCCCUCUCUUCCCAUAACGGAAAAAUCAUCUGGUGUUCGUUGUUUGCACAAUGAUCCCAUCAGCUUUUCCGAAAUCAAUUCUUUGAAUCCUCGCUGGAUAUAUCUUCGUUUCGACAAGGUCUUGCCGAUCGUUUUGCUUACCCUUAAACUGAAGCACUUGAGCUUCGGCGCCAAGUCCGAGGAGUUUCUCUGUUUCUUGGAUGCAAUUAAGUAUGCCACGAAGAAGGAGGUCCAAAUCUCAAACACUACAUUUGACCUCAUUGACAACUUGCCGCUUUGUCUCGAGGCUAUGCUCAACGAGUCCGAUGUAUCCUAUGAUCAUUUGAAUCGCGUUAUUUUGAGCCUCAACGACACAUUUGGUGCAGUAAACCUUUUGUCUUUGACUGAAGAUACUAAAUCUGUGAUCGAGCCGAUUUUGUACCACUGCUUGCGGCUGCUUGCGACUGACCAGAUACAUUCCAUUCUUGGUAUGUGGUACAGCUCUAUUGGGGAAAAGAAAAACCUCAAGUUCUUGUUCAUGCUAGACAAAGUCAACCGGGAGUUUCACAAAGCUGAUGUGAUCGACUUUAUCGCCGAUAUUCUAAACAGAAAGAGACUGAGCAAGUUCACAACUCACGAGAUGAAAAUGAUUGGGCACAUGUUCCAAGUCAUAUCACAUGAUUUCAGCCAUAUCGCAAAAAAAAUCAUCCAGCAAAUCGUUCUUUUGAAAGCUGAUGAAUUCGAAACAAUGCUCGCGGAGGUUGAUAUUGUGAAUUGGAACGUCAACGUGUUCAACUUCUUCAUUGUGUUAAUGCAUGACGCCCCAUCAGAUCAUUUGAAGCAAGCAACGUUGAGUUUGAUAGACCAAAGGUCAAAAGAGUCUCGAGAAUUUGACCAGGUCGCAGAAGCUCUUUUAGUGAAUCGAUUUGACUUUGAAAUUUCAUAUUUGAAGAAACAAAUCGUUGCAGCUGUGCUGCGUUCUGGAUCUUCAGAGACGGCACGGAGUUUGAGAGUCUCAUGGGCAGAAUAUGUGAAAAAUCUCGAUUCCAGCUUUGUGUUAUUGGAUGAAUUGCUUGUGGCAGCGUUUGAAUCUCAGAUGGAACUCAAGGAUGUGAUUGAUAACCGAUGGGACUUGUUACCUAAAUUGAGUGCUGCUUGGAUUCAAAAGUUUGGCACUUUACCAUCACCCACAGAGCCGGAAGGAGACAACCCAGAAUUGCUUGUAACCACAACUAAACGCAAUUCGGAGGAGGAAUCAUCCGAAGUAUCUGAAAAACAAUUUGUUGAAUCUAUUUCACCAAUAUCGCUGGAUGAUUCUCAAUGUUUGGCUGAAAAAGAAGAACCCAUCAACGAUACUAUACAGCGGGAUGAAAGUGAUUUGAACCAUACCAAAACGCAUGAGCCUGACUAUCUCCAAGCUUCGACAAAUCUCACUUUAUGGCUUGAGAAGAAGGAUUCCACGACCACCGAGUCUCUAGCUGAUACUGAGAAGAGAUCACUGGAUUCAGUUGAGAAAGAUGUUGAUCAUCGAAACGAAGAAUCUUUCAUAUUAAAUCUCGAAGACAACGGGAAAAAUACACCAAAAGAUUCGGUACGGGAGCUGGUUUCCAAAGGCACUAAAAGAAAACACUCCAAAGAGCCAACAAGGCAGAACAAAAAAAAACACCUAGACGAGACUUGUUAUCGGGAUCUGGAGGAUUUGAGUCACGGAAAAACUAUGCACGAUGAUAUAAAGCAGGUGAGCGAUUCAGAAGAAAGCAGCAGGGAAAAAGAACGCAGCGAGAAUCCAGAAAAGAACACUGAUGUGGUCUCCAGCUCGGAGGAAAGACGGAGGUUGAGCCAAGAUUAUACGCCGGGCCAAGUGUAUUUCCAAGGCCAGUCCACAGCCAAUAAUACAAGUGACGAUCUGCUGGACACUUUUGCAAUGCUGAGGCAAAAAGAGAAACACAAAGGCACAUUGGCACUCGCCACCGUGGAGGAAAAUUGCCCCAGCGAGCAACCACGAACAGGCAUCAGAGCCAAAGCUAUGGCCUUACACGAAGUGUUCGGUCGAUUUGACGACGCUGAUUUAGCAAUGCUUCCUGAACAGGAGCGAUACGAUUUGGAAACAAGGAUGAUGGAGUUCAUCCUUCGCAUGCGUAGAGCCGGCUCAAGGGCCUUAGGUGCGAAGGAGUAG